CUGUACCAUAAACUUUUUUCGAGCUCGACCACUACUAAACUGGUAGUGUGCCGUAGCUUAAAAAAUGGGUUUGUGCGACUUGUUCGGUAGAUUAGCGCACCGAAGCCUGUUUUCGCAAACAAAUUGCAGGGAUUCAGCUGUGUGGACCUCGGCGAAAGUUCGAAACCUGGUGAAAUUCGGGGUACUUUUUUGUUGUUCUUAUAGUUCUUAUACCCACAGAAAGUUGCUGAACAUGCCACCACGAUCCAAACGACCGCGAACCGCAAUUCCAGGUUCUAGCCAAUCCUCUGGUACUAUAGCAUCCGUGCCACCUGUUGCUUCCGGUGCACAUGCUCCGUCGCUGAAUCCAGCUCCGCAAGGCGCCGGCGAGCGUUCUGCGGAACAGCGCCAGUUCCUGGAAGAAAUCCGGCAGUCUCGCGUCGACUGGGGUUCUGCGCAGAUCUUCCCUUUCCAAGAGGAUCGCGUCCGUAGUAUUUCGGCCGCUGUGACGCUUCCCAGUCGACAGGCUGGCCACGCGGUGGCCUACUGGAUGUCCCGUGAUUGCAGAGUUCAAGACAAUUGGGCGUUGAUAUACGCCCAGCGCAUCGCCCUCCAGGAACAAGUACCGCUUCACAUUGUAUUCUGCCUUACUCCGAAAUUCGCGGACGCCACGAUCCGCGCUUACAAAUUCCUGUUGGGGGGAUUGCAAGAAGUACAACAGGAGUGCUCUGCAUUGGACAUUGGAUUUCAUCUGCUGAUUGGAUAUGCCAAGGACGUCCUUCCCACUUUCUUGAGGGAGCGCAACAUUCCCUUUUUCGUCUGUGAUUUUAAUCCUCUGCGCGGGCCUUUGGGCUGGGUGGAAGAUGUCAAGCAGCGCAUCGGCGCAGCAUCCUUCGUCCAAGUGGACGCUCACAAUAUCGUUCCCUGCUGGGUGGCCUCCGAUAAGGAAGAAGCUGCUGCCCGAACGAUUCGGGGAAAACUGCACAAACGGAUGGAACAAUUCCAUACACCCUUUCCGCCCGUUGUCAAGCAUCCGUUUAAAGUAAAACUGGAAAUCCCUGUGGUCGACUGGCAAGCGGCUGAAGCCAGUUUAGAAGUCGAUCGGACGGUGGAUAGUGUGCAGUGGGCCAAACCGGGCACGGAGAAUGGGUUAAUUAUGUUAUUUGGAUUCUUGACGCAACGGUUGAAGAAUUAUGCGCAGAGAAAUGAUCCCAAUGUGGCAGCGUUGAGCGAUAUGUCACCGUGGUUUCAUUUUGGACAAGUAGCUGUCGCUCGAGCUAUACUUGAAGGUGAACGUUAUAUUCGAGACAAGGCCCGUUUGAAACCAGGCUUCGAAGUUUUCUUUGAAGAAGCGAUCAUCAGGCGAGAGUUGUCCGACAAUUUUUGCUUUUAUAAUAAAAAUUACGACAAUUUGAACGGUGCCAAACAAUGGGCGAAGCUGUCCCUGGAGAAGCAUGCCAUUGAUCCACGACCCAUCGUGUACAGCCAGCAGCAGUUGGAAGAAGCUCGAACCCACGAUGACCUUUGGAAUGCCGCACAAGUGCAGAUGAAUCGCGAUGGGAAACUGCAUGGUUUUCUGCGCAUGUACUGGGCUAAGAAGAUCUUGGAGUGGACAGCAGAUCCGGCGGAAGCGUUGAGGAUAGCAAUUUGUCUCAACGAUAAGUACAAUCUAGAUGGAAGGGAUUGCAACGGCUAUGUCGGCUGUAUGUGGUCGAUUUGUGGGGUCCACGAUAUGGGUUGGAAAGAGCGCGAAAUCUUCGGGAAGAUACGAUACAUGAACUAUGCGGGCUGCCAAAGGAAGUUUGAUGUGCCAGCCUUCGUUAAUAAGUAUAAACGAUAUUUUCCGGAACCUAUAGUUGCUUCCGUUACUUAUUGAAACUUAGUGGAACUCUUUUCACGGAUCUGUUUCAAAUUCUAGAGGAUAAUUUUGCGAGUUAAUUGCUUUUAGUGUUUUGUCUAAACAACAGUUGGACCUUUUAUAAAUUUACGUGCGGCAUAGUAAAGAACGAUAUAGUUCGUUCGUUCAUACUCAUGUAAGUCAUGUUGAUGUUCGUGUUAUUUUCGACUUUAAUGCAUGUAUUAGAAUUCAGAAACCGUACGUUGCUAUUUCAAAGUGCGCUGGCUUUUGCUCAGUUUUUUUUGUUAUGCAUUUGCGGCACAAACGCGGUUCCCCGUAUUUUACCGUCACUUGCUGUUGGCUAACAGCAUAGAAAAUUACAAAAU